AUGAAAAUUUCAUUUGUUGUUCUAUCACUUUUUGUUUUCUUUGCUGAAACUUUUGGGGCAACCACAACUGAACCAUAUUGCGAUGAACUAACAACAACAACCACUGCGAAGAAAACCACUGCAAAGAAAAUCACUGGAUACGAAUGUCCAAGUGGAUGGGGUUUGUUUAGCCGACAAAAAGGAAAAUGGUGUAUCAAGGUAUUUCAAAAUACUUUGAGUCAACCAAGUGCCAAAUUAAAUUGUCAAAAUGUUGGAGCAAAAUUAUCUGGAAUCGAAAAUACGAAUGAGCGCGCUUAUAUUAUCAGUAAGUCAAUAUUCUUAUUCUUUACAGAAAUUUGAGUUUUUUUUAAUUGAAGAACAAGGACUUGGAAUUGUCAGAAGUAUGAAUCUGAAAGAAGGAACUCUUUGGGUUGGUGGAAUCAGAAAAACCGCAUGUUCAGGAAGUAAUAAAAGUGCAGCUGGAUGUGUUCCAUGGGUUAAUAAUGCCUUCGAAUGGAUUGAUGGAUUUACAACUCUCAAGAAAAUGUUCACGUGGAUUCCAAAUCAACCAGAUUAUUAUAAGUAGGUUUUGUCUUUCUAAAAAAAGCUUGCUGUAAAGAAUGAUAUUUUCCAGAAAUAGUGAAACCUGUAUUCAAAUGGUUAUCUCCGACAAAACACCUGGUACAGGAGGUGCAAAAUCAGGGCAAAUGAAUGAUAUUUCGUGUUCAAAAUCAACUUCAACGAUUGAACUCAAUUAUGUUCGGGGAUAUGUUUGUGGUAAACAAGCGACACCAAUUUAUGGAUAA